GUCCGCAUCCCCAAGACGAGCUAGCGGAGUCACGCAUGCAGCGAAGAAAAGAGUCCUCACCUCCAGAGUCACCAUGACGCACUUUUAGGAGAACUUUUUUUUCCUCCACGGAACACGGAAACCUUUCAGUCAGGACGUUUUUCAUUCCACCGACUCCUUCCUCACUUUCCCCGACUUUCCUCUCUGUUUCCGAGCCGCCGCGCACCGGUGUGAUGCCCGCCGGGAUGUUCAGCAUAGACAGCAUCCUGUCCGGCCGGCCGAGCUGCAAAGAGCCGCUGCUGCUGCACCGGAGCGGCCCGGUGGUGCUGUCCGCCGGCCUCACGGACUCUAUCUACACAGAUUACAACGGACUGUACUCGGCUACUUGCGGGCCUUCUCCCCCCGGGAUUCAGUCUGUGAACGGGACCCGGAUAGGAUAUAACGGCUACUACUACGGACAGCUGCACGUCCAGGGCGCCGGAGGAGGUCCGCCGUGCUGCAGCUCUGUGCCCGGCCUCAGCCCUCAGCAGUGCCCGUGCAUCCCGGCAGGCUACGACAGCCCGGGCUCGGUACUGAUCUCCCCGGUACCGCACCAGAUGAUGUCCUAUAUGAACAUGGGCAGUUUGUCUCGGACCGAGCUGCAACUCCUCAACCAGCUGCACUGCCGCAGGAAGCGGAGGCACCGCACCAUCUUCACCGACGAGCAGCUGGAGGCUCUGGAGGGCCUCUUCCAAGAGACCAAGUACCCGGACGUCGGCACCCGCGAGCAGCUGGCCCGCAAGGUCCACCUCCGGGAAGAGAAGGUCGAGGUUUGGUUCAAAAACAGACGCGCGAAGUGGAGGCGGCAGAAAAGGUCUUCAUCAGAGGAAUCAGAGAACUCUCAGAAAUGGAACAAAUCCACCAAAACGUCCGCGGAGAAAACCGAGGAGAGUAAAAGUGAGGUGGACUCUGACAGCUGAUAAUAAAACGACCGAACACGGCACCGUGUGUGUGAGUGGAUGAGUGUGUGUGUGUGUGUGUGUGUGUGUGUGUGUGUGUGUACUUUUAGUGGAAAGUGAUGUGGACUCCACGACAUGCUGGUGGUGUGAUGAAACGUGUUGCCAUGUUGCACAGUUGUACAUAUCUACAUUUUAUUAUGACGAUUCUGUGUCGCUAUUUAUAUUUAAUUUAAUUUCUUUUUGUAACGUGACGCACGCAGAGGGUCGACCGACACGUCUGAAUAUAUGCUGGUGUUCUAUGUGACAUUUUUAUGGAUAUUGAAUGUUGUAAUUCUGCUAUUUUCUUUCCGUUGUAACGUCAUUCAUUGCGCUCAGACAGACAGACAGACAGACAGACAGACAGACAGACAGACAGGUUUCUUUUGUUACGUUAUUCCCCAGAAUAAGAAAACC